AUGACUGCCACCUCUACGGCCUUUCUCUGCCUUGAGCCCCUGCCCAAACCUACCAUCUGGGCGGCGCCAAGCGCUGUCAUCACUGCGGGGAGGCCCGUGAGCAUCUGGUGUCACGGGUCUCGGAAGGCGGACCGGUACCACCUGUACCAGAAGUGGGCCCCAGGGUCCUGGAGAAGUGCAUUCCCACAGGGACCCAGAGACAAGGCCGAGUUCCCCAUCCCACUCAUGACCCAAGGCCUCGCUGGGAGGUACCACUGCACGUAUGAGAGCCGAAGAGCCUCGUCCGCUCCCAGCGAGCCUCUGGACCUGGUGGUUACAGGAAUGUUUGACCCACCCACCCUCUCCGCCUUGCCAAGACCCGUCGUGACCUCCGGAGGGAGCGUGACCCUGCAGUGUGGCUCAUGGCAGGGGUUUGACUGGUUUUAUCUGUGUGACAAAGGACGGCAUGACCACUACCAACGUCUGGACUCACAGCCCCGAGAAGACGGGUGGUUCCAGGCCCUCUUUACCGUGGGCCCCGUGAGACCAACUCACUGGUGGACAUACAGGUGCUACGGUGUCUUCUCAGGUUCUCCUCAUGCGUGGUCUUCCUCGAGCAGCCUCGUGGAGCUUCUGAUCUCGGGUGAUUCUAGGAAACCGUCCCUCUCAGUCCUGCCAGGCCCCGUGGUGGCCCCUGGAGACACCCUGACCCUACGAUGUCAGUCUGAUGUCAACUAUGACAGAUUCGCUCUCUUCAAAAUGGGGGAACAUGACCUCCACCAGCAAUGUGGCUGGCAGCCCCAGGCUGGGCUCUCUCAGGCGGACUUCUCCCUGGGCCCGGUGAGUGGCUACCACGGGGGCCGGUACAGAUGCUACGGUGGAUACAACCUCUCCUCUGAGUGGUCAACCCCCAGUGACCCCGUGGACAUCCAGGUGACAGGUAAGGUGCCCGACACGCUUCCCGCUCUGUCAGCCCAGCCGGGCUCCACAGUGGCCCUAGGAGAGAAUGUGACCCUGCGGUGUCAGACUGGGAGUCUGUUUGACACGUUCCUCCUGUUCAAGGAAGGGGACGUUGGUCCUCCUCUGCACCUCAAGUCUCGGUACCAAGACGGGGUGUUUCAGGCAAACUUCCCCAUGAGUCCCGUGACCCUGGACCACGGGGGCACUUACAGGUGCUACGGGUCACUCAGCGGCACCCCCGUUCAGUUGUCGCGUCCCAGCAACCCCUUGGAGCUCAAGGUGGAAGGGGAUCCUGUUAAUAUCAUCCCAUCAGUGCAAACCCCAAAUUCCACAAGUGGACCCCAGGUCCCAGACUACACAGUGGAGAAUCACAUUGCUAUGGGCCUGUCUGGAUUGAUCCUGGUGGUACUAGGUGUGUUGGUGUUUCAGGCGUGGUACAGCGAGAGAAGGUCCCCAGGGGUAAACUGAAGAUGGAGCACACCCAUUCCUCAGGAAUUGUGACACAACCUGAGACCCAAACCACAGAGGCAAGGUUGUGAUGGCAAAGAAGGUACUGAAAGCUGGAGCCACAGGCUGUGUGAACUCUGUGCUGAGGACCUAAAGGAAAUGAAACAGUAUUGUUAGUGCCUGAGGCGAUGACAGUGGCUGGGAAUAUUCCUUGUGGGAGACUCCUCCACCAUGAACCUUGCCCUUGCAUUUCCCUCUCCUGUUUGGCUACUCUUAUUCCCCCAUCUCAAUGACCCAAUGCUACGUCCACAUGAAGAGAUUCUGUUCAUAACUCCACUCUGUCU